AAAAAAAUGGAGAGUGGAGACCGCAGUCCGGGACCAGCCCAUCUGAAACCCCCCCCUCAACUAUCUUCAAAAGGCCUGCUAAUGACGGUAGUGUAGAAAACCGAGUCUUCCUUAUUUGUGAAGACUACUUGACUAAUUUUUGGGCUGUUCACCUGAGAAGCAAUUUUCAUCAUUCUGAUGACACCAGCAGCCAUGCACGUUUGAACCAACCCAAGUCGCCAACAUCGUUGGACGUCCCUGCUCACAUGUUGAUUAGCGCUUACACUUGAUAGCAAUUGUUGAAUAUGGACCAACCACUUGUCAUGAUUGGCAAGCUUAGACACCCCCCCGUAGCAAUCCUGUGUGGAACUGUAAUCAUCCGCCGCAGUGCUGAAGCCAGCAUCUGCACGAUGGACCGCCAACGAUGGCGGGUGCGGUUGCUUACUACUAUUCGUACUAUAUCAAGGACUCGCGACCGCUUGCAUGAUCACUCCUUAUUCUCAUAUUUUCCUCCCUGGUAAAACCCUUGACCUGACACCGAUCACUAUAACGAAGUCAACAUGUUCGAGGCUAGCAAGGGGGCAUGCAUUGCCUUGCUUGCAUCGCUCCUUGCCUUGAUAGUGAUUUUUGGGAGAAAAAAGCUCUAUCCAAAGCCGUAUCCUCAAAUCCCGUACAAUGCCCAUUCAGCAAAGCGAAUCAUGGGCGAUUUGCCAGAUCUGAUUCCCGCCAUCAAGGCCACCAAAGCAAACUCCGAGUCCAUCUACCGCAUCACCACGCAAAAGCUCGGCAGUCCGAUCGCCCAGCUCCUCCUACCAGGAAAUCCGAUGAUCAUCCUGUCCGAUCCUUACGAGAUCGAACGUAUUCUGCGCAGUAACCAAUUUGACAAGUCGGCCUGGUCCCUUUCUGUGGUUGGCCCGCUCUUCUCCAAAGCUACACUAUCGCAACUCACCACUCCGGAGCUUAAGGCGCAGAAAAGGCUCUGGGGAGAUGUCAUGGGCCUGGACUUUUUGAAGCGAACAGCGGCUCCGAAGUCCUACAGCUCAACAGUCGAGCUGGUCGAACUUUGGCGCCUGAAAGCAACCACCGCCCACAAGGGCCAACCAUUCAACGUUUUAGAAGACUUGAAAAACGCGGCCCUGGACGCCGUAUGGGUGUCCAUUAUCGGUGAGGAGCCUGGGACUCUGAGGUAUGAGAAGAGGAAGCUGGAACACGAACUGAAGGGCCAACCGUUCGACGAUCCCGCGCCGCCAGGAUCCUUCAUGAAGGAACAAGUGGAAUACAUAGUUGAUACCAUCAUGGACGCCAGCGCAACACCGUUUCCAGCCUGGGCGGUCAAGCUGGAGGUCUUGAAGCCACGUUUCCGCAGGUUCAGGAAGAUUGUGACACGGGAAAUGAGCCGUGCGAUGAAGAAGGCUUUGACGAGAUAUGAAGGCCUGGACCUGGACAGUCUUGGGAAGGAUUCCAUUGAUACAUGUGCCAUGGAUCUCGUUCUCCGCAAACAAGCUCUACAAGCCAAGAAGGCGGGCGUGGAACCUUCAGAUCCGGCAAAGGACGUUGCUAUGCUCGACGAGCUGUUUGUUUUGCUCAUUGGUGGCCACGACUCCACCGCCAACACUCUGGCAUGGUUCAUCAAGUUCAUGGAGACCUUUCCACAAGCCCAGACUGAACUGCGCGCUGCUCUAUCAUCUGCUUUCGGCCCAGGUAUACCUACGCUGAGUCAGAUUCUCGAGGCUGACAUUCCUUACCUUGAUGCCGCUUGUGAGGAGGCCCUCCGUCUGUCGGGAACUUCCAACGGCGUUCUUCGCUCCCCUCUGCAGGACACCACCAUCCUGGGAUAUCCCGUUCCAAAGGGCUCGAUCAUCUACAUGAAUAUCCAUGUGAAUCACUCAUCGGUUCUAGCGGAUGAGUCCCAGCGCAGCGAGACCGGCAGAGCUGCUCGUGAGAAGAAGGACGACGGCUUCAAGACACCUGCCGGAAGGGAUCUUGGAACCUAUGAGCCCAGGAGAUGGUUGGUCAGGGAUGAGACGGGGAAGGAAAAGUUCAAUCCAAAUGCUCUUCCACAACUGGCCUUUGGCGCAGGUGUUCGAAUGUGCUUCGGGAGGAGACUAGCCGUAAUGCAAUUCCGCAUUGCUGUUACACUUCUCACACUCAGCUUCGAGUUUCAAGAAGUACCAGAAGGAAUGCAGUCUAUGGCAUGCAUCGAGAGAUUGUUUCGAACCCCACAACAGCCUUACGCCAAACUGAGAGUACUCUGAACUGGCUUUUGUUAUUUUGCGUAAGGUACUUUCCGAGGUUGUUUGUUUACCAGAGGCAACAGUUGGUGAUGGAAAAUAGAUGACGCGAAGCUUGGACUGAAGACAGU